UGGUCAUCUUUCAGUUUUGAUAAGAGGUUUUUAUUUGAUUCUUGUAGUAAUUUGCAACAAACAAUGGUUCCCGACAAGGAAAACUUUGCCCUCUCCGGCCCAACAUUUCCAACCACAGUUGAUUGGAACAAUUCGAAUCACAAGAGAUCGGUAGCUGCAAGCCUAAUCCAAGGCGUCUACGUGUUAGAAAGCGACCGACGGAAUGGCCGCGGAGGCGGCCCUCUCGCCCUGGCUCCGCCGUGGUGGAAGAGUUUCGGCUUUGAACUGCACCGGGUGUUGACCAACGACCAAGGCCAGUACUUCGCCGCCGUCUACGAGUUCAACUCCCCAUACAACGUAGGCCAACACCCACCACAAUACGUUGUCGCGUUCUGUUACGACCUCAACAACCUCGCCUACUGCAUCUGCUGCAGAGACGAGCCCAGCUGCAGAGACGAGUCCAGAGACGAGCCCAGCUGCAGAGACGAGUCCAGCUUCCUCGUCAACAUCGCCAAAUUCAACGAUGGCAGGCUCGGCAAGGUGGAGGAUCUUGUGACCACCUUAAAUUGUAUGAUCAAGAAUUUCAAGGCCAACACAAACUUCCAGAUUGGUCUGGAAGCUUCUGCUGAUGUCAUCUCCAGGGUGGACAAACACCCUGGAAAUGUCUGGCUAGUGGGACAUUCCAUUGGAGCGUCCCUAACUUUACUAAUAGGAAGGAACAUGGUGAAGAGCCACUCGGCCCAUCUCGAGACCUACCUCUUCAACCCCCCUUUUGCCUCGCUCCCGAUCGAGUCGAUCCAGAGCGAGAGGCUAAAGCAAGGGUUGAGGCUGGUUAGCACUGUCGUCACUGCUAGCCUGGCUGUGGCCACCAAGGUGGCCACAGGGCCCAAGACCCAGGACGACAAGGCAUUUACUAUGCUCUCAUCAUGGGUCCCACAUCUUUUUAUCAGCUCGUCUGACAUGAUAUGCUCAGAAUAUGCUGGAUAUUUCGAACACAGGGAAAAUAUGGAGGCGAUCGGGGCGAGGAAGAUUGGGAGGAUGGCUACGAAGCACUCGAUCCGAAGCAUGGUGUCGAGUUCUCUGGGGAAGAUGGAUUCGGAGCCAGUGCAUCUUCUUCCAUCGGCGUUUCUGACGAUCAACACCGGCGCACUGCCGAAUUUCAAGGAGGCUCAUGGGAUUCAUCAAUGGUGGAACCCGAAUUCGGAGUUGAAAUACAAAUCCUACAGUUACAAUUAA